AUGUCGCUGAAGGCAGAUAACUAUCUGCGCGCAUUCCGUGGAAAAGGUGAAGAUUUCGGUACGUGGUGGCUGAAGUUUCUGGCACUGGCCGAUAUCUCUGGAUGGGAUGAUGACGCCAAGAAGACGAAGUAUAUCCCAUUGUUUCUCGAUGGAGAUGCGUUCCUGGUCUUUUCGAGGAUGGCGGAUGCGGACAAAAAGAAAGUAGAUGAAGUAAAGGCCAAGCUAUCGUCCGCCUUUGCAGUCACGCCUUCGCAGGCGUAUGGCAAGUUCGUAAACAGGAAGCUCAAGGUCGACGAGUCCGUAGAUGCGUACGUUGCAGACCUCCAGCGGCUGCUCGCGCUGUCUGGCCACGCAGCCGGUAGCGACACUGACUCAGUGGUGAUCGAGCAGUUCAUCGCUGGCCUGGGUGCAGAGUUCGCUCGCUCCGUGCGGAUGUCCAUGGCUGGCAAGACGCUGAAAAUCAGCGAGUGCGCUGAGCAGGUACGCGCACUGCGAACGGCUGCGGAAGCGUGUGGUGCUGUUUCCGAGGACGUUUCUGCCGCUGCUGGCCCAAGUGAUCGCCCUGCCAGAUCAAGUGCGACUGAUCGCGGGACCGUGACCUGCUACUACUGCCACGAGGCUGGCCACAUUCGUCGCAACUGCCCCAAGCGCAGCUCGAAGUCAGCCAAGACGCCCUUGAACUCUUACAAGGGGAAUCAGGUGACAUGCUACUUUUGUGACAAGCCUGGUCACACGAAACCCGAUUGUCCUGACAGGAAAGCGUGGCUGGACUCGAAGAAGCGUCCUGCUGCUGGCGUUACGGAGCAGCAACCCCGACUUCCCAAAGGCGAGUGGGACCCCAGCGAUCCCUGUCUGUGCACGGUGACAGCGCAGCGCGGCGGCCUACCGCGGGUCUUCGUGGAGGCACGCAAGAACAGUGUGAGUCAUCAUUCUGACGAGUGGCACCGUCUGCGAUCAGUAUUGGACACCGGUUCAACGCGUACGCUGAUCGAUAAGAAAACUGCAGAGCGAAUAGGAAACUUCGAUUCUGACAGUGCGUACUCUGAGAAUCUGAUUGCACUGGAUGGGAAGUCGCUUGACGUAUGCGGCACAGUGCAACUUCAACUGCGCAGACUGGAUGGCCCAGUGCUGCUACCAGUAACCGUAGUGACAGCGGUGGUAGUGCGAGAUUUGACUGCUGUAUCGGCUAACAUCCUGGUGGGCAAUGACGUCGUGGUCGGUAAUGGUGGCGUACAGCUUCGCUACGGGGAGGACAACUCCUUGAGUGCCGUGACGUUCGGUACGACGCCAGCAGCCGCGUGUACCACGGAGCCAAGUAAAGAUUCGCACCCAUCUCCACAUGUCAACGUGAUCCGCGAUGGUAAGGACGUUAUCUUGCGGGUGAAUGACGGCGAAGUGAGGUGGCACGCGGAGCAAGGCCACUGGAGCCUGAAGUGGUAUUGGCAAGAUGGUGUCGAGCCCUGCCACCGCAUUGGUCCGAACAUUGGAGAGUACUCCAGGAAGAAGCUGUCAUCCAAACAGGAAGAGCAGUUUUGCGCUGAAGUUAAGAAGUGGAUUGAUGAAGGAUGGCUGGUACGACACGAUCCAGAUGUCCAUGGCGAACCAGCGGCGGUGCUCCCUCUUCUCGCUCAGGUGCAGGAGCACAAGGCUACAACUCCGGUGCGUCCCUGCCUAGACUACCGCUUUCUGAACGCCCAGCUCAUGUCACAACCAGGCCAGGAUGCCCCGGUGUGUGAAGACACGUUGCGAAAAUGGCGGCAGGACGGCGAUGCAAGCGACUUCUGCCUCCUGGAUGUUCGGAAAGCGUACUUGCAGAUCCGUGUCGAACCUGAGCUCGUCCGCUAUCAGACCGUGCUAUGGCAAGGGAAGAGAUACGUUAUGACUAGAAUGGGUUUCGGACUCAACAUCGCACCGAAAUUCAUGGACAUAGUCAUCCAGUGGAUACUUCAGGGCUUCCCGAUGGCCGACAACUAUGUCGACGAUAUCCGAGUUCCGCGCAACAACGUCCCGGCGGUUGCUGCUAGGCUGCUCGAGUUCGGCCUGCCGACAAAGCCCGCCGAGCCGAUGGCUUCCGCUCGGGUCCUUGGGCUGCAGCUCAGCACGGGCGAAGGAGGUGACACACGCUGGACUCGACGCGACGGCAUCAGCCUUGAUCUCCAGCGACCAGCGACAAAGCGGGAUUUGUUCAGCUGGUGUGGACGCCUUACCAGCCAUGUGCCUGUCUGCGGGUGGCUACGACCUGCUACCAGUUUCCUGAAGCGUCUAGUCGGAGGUGACACGCCGUGGGAUCACCUCGUGUCGGAGCAAGUGCUUAAGUUUUGCGAAGAGGUGAUGGCCCGGCUAGCAGAUGAUGGGGAUCCAGCCAAAGGUGUCUGGUCAGUGACACCAUCGACCAGUGAUCCAGAGCUCGUCGUGUACACCGAUGCAUCCGAUGUUGCCUUAGGCGUAGUGGUCAAGGAUGGCAGCGGCGUCAUCGAGGACAAGGCUUGGCUGAGGAAAUCACAUGACAAGCGUCACAUCAACGUCACGGAACUGGAUGCAGCGCUCAACGGCCUUUCGUUAGCAGUAUCAUGGGGUGCGAGACGCGUCCGUCUUGUAACCGACUCGAAGACGGUGGCCAGCUGGCUGCGCGAUACUUUGGGUAACAUCCGGCGCAUCAGAACAAAGGGUCUCAACCACGUGCUGGUGCAGCGCCGUUUGCAGAUCGCUGCUGACAUAGUGGCAACAGCCGGCCUGAGUGUGUCUGUCGAGUGGGUGCCGACAGAUCAAAACCCCGCCGAUGCGCUGACAAGGGUACCGCGUACCUGGAUCAAGUACUUCAAGGAGCAAGAGGGAAAGGGUAGCGUCUCCGUGAGUGCGGCUGUUGGCGAGGCCCACGUUGUUAGCCCAGUGCUGCGCGCUAGGAUAGUCGAGGGUCAGGCGAGUGAUGAGGAGAUCCAGUCGGUGAUCCACUGCCUAGAGAACCAGCUGCUCGUGCCCUCAUCCUACAGCAAGGUGGCAAGAGAGCUAGUCGUCCGAGACCGAGUACUCUUCCGGAGUGUCAAGCUAACCCUGGAUGGACAGGUCGAAGUGCCGGUAGUUCCCGACGUGCUGGUCGGCGAAGUUGUAGCCAUUGCCCAUCACAAUGCCGGACAUGCUGCCUGGGAGGCGACCUACCAGAUGAUUCGAGCUCGUUGUUUCUUCAAGGACAUGGCCCGUGUGUGUCGCAAGUACAUCGCCGAUUGUGAGCAGUGCCGAGCCGCGAACCCGUCUGGAAGCGGACAGGCGUCACCUACACGCCCUGAUAUUCCUGGCCGACCCUGGAGUGAGCUCGUCCUAGACACGCUGGAGCUUGGCGAGAACAGCAGCGGACAGUACCAUUGCGUCUUGGUCUGCAUAGACACAUUCACGAAGUGGGCCGAGAUCUGUCCACUUCGUCGUCACGACGCCGCCUCCGUUGCCGCAGCAUUCACCUCAAUGUGCGUACGCUGGGGAGCCCCCGAUGUCGUCAGGACGGACAAUGGAACAGAAUUCCGGAACGCCAUCGUGGAGUCGCUGUUCAAAGUUAUGGGGGUUCGUGUACGAACAGGAGCCGUACGACAUCCUGAGUCUCAAGGCGCCGCCGAGCGUAUGAACCGGUCGCUGCUAGGCCUCAUUCGCAAGGUGCUAAGCACGACGUCUGACUGGCAGCAGGAUCUUGAUGUGCUCCUGUUCUUCUACCGAAACCGGCCUCACCACGCCACGCGACUGUCCCCCACCGAAGCGAUGAUUGGCUGGUGGCCACGGCAUCUUGUUGUUGAGCCAGCUAAUGAUGAUUGCCUCCUAAGCGAAUGGGUGACGAAGCUGGCUGAUCGCACGGCCGUCGUAAGGGACUUGGUAGAGUCUGAGCUAGCCAGCGCCGACUUCUUGGAGUCUCCAUGCCGUGCCAACCCCUACUGCGUGGGCGACCAUGUACUGUAUCGACAUCCAAGUCGCCGUCAGAAGCGCCUUCCGCCGUUCCAGACAGGAUGGACCGUGAAGCGGAUUGUGUCGCCCUCCACCGUUGUGAUCUCUCAUAAGCACGGUGCAACAGGCGUGAAGGAGAAGACCGUCAACAUUGACCUGUUGAAGAGUGGUGUUCCUGAGGAAGACGACGCCGACGCCGACGCAGAGCUGCACCCAGACGUCGAUGAUGACAACGAUAGUGACGACGGCGGACCUGUCUGGUGGAUCGAGGCUGACGCAGGUGAUAGUACUAGUGAUGUGCCCCGUUAUGGUCUGCGCAGCCGCACCAGCAUACGACCACCGAGUCGCUACACAACCUAG